AUGGAUGUGUGCAAGUUGCUUAUGCUAGACAUUGAGGCAGCCGUCAGCGAGCUUUGUCAUGAUGAUUCCGGAUACACGAUUGGAUCCCUCGGAAUCGCAUUGGAUGGAUGUACGAUCGUUGGAAUCAUAGAAGACGGUCCAGCAUUCCAGAGCGAGAAACUGAACCUGGGAGACAAGAUCGUAAAAGUGGACGAGGUUCUUGUCACAGAGAGUUCGAUCAUAUCCGCCAUAGCAGGAGGCGAAGAGGAGCAGGUCGUGAUCGAGGUUCAAAAGUCUACUGGGAGGAACGUCAAGGUGGAGUUAACGCGGGUGAAAUCCCUUGACUUGAUAGCCCUCCAUGAGCUCUCUAGUCAAGUCAAUCUAGCCGUUCACACAUGUGAACACCUGCAAGAGGAGCCGGAAAGCAGCAACGGGAGAAGAGUCUCGGACCUGAUGGGCAUUCUCGGGAAUCUGACGGAACUUUUGAAGCGCUCCUACCACAAGAGACAAAAAGCUAGCUCGAGUUAUCUCUAUCGUUUGCGACGGUCUCAAGAACGAAUGUCUUUGAAUAUCAAAGAUCUGCAAUUGCAAAUGGAGAACAUGAACACGUCGAAUGAAAGUCAGAUGCAAGAUGCUAUGGACGCCAGAGAUAAGAUCAAGCAAGAGUGCAUUGAUCUGAUCAACCAGCUGCAGAUCUCUGAAUCUGUGCUGAAAGGACUUGAAUCUCAACUCAACAAUGCUAUGAUAUCAAUAGAAGAGAGACAGAGACGCCUCGAUGAAGCGACGGAGCGGGAGAAUUCUCUCAAACGAGAGAUUCAAGAGCUUCAAGUGAUGUACAAGCAGGUUGUCGCAGGCCCGUCAUCCAUGGACAACGAGGUGCAGCAAUUAAAAGCAGAAAUCAAAGAGAAGGAGGAAAUAAUCCAGGGAAUGAAAAAGGACUUCAGAUCAAACUCUUCUCCUACAACUCAUGAUGGCAUUCAAGGAUUCAAGCAACAACCCAUUCACUUCCAUCAACCAAACACACCGACACAGAAUUCAAGUCACAUCAAUAAGGAGUUUGGACAGGAUGGAACUUGUUGGUGUAAGAACAUCACGCCGGAAUACGUGCAACAUCUGGAGCUUUCAACAAGCACUUUGGAGAAAGCAGUCGAAACCUUGAAGUUUGAGACUGUCCAUAUGUCGCACGACUACAACAGAUGCAAAAGGAAAUGCAACUCUCUGUUGACUGAGAGAAGCCUGAUCCUCAAGGAAGGCGAGGAAUGGAAGACCAAGCCAUAUGAUUCACGCAUGAACAGGUCACAAGAGAUGAAUAACAUACGUCAGCACAUGCAUGGAAGAGAAGAGAGCAAGAUCUCUCCCAACCCUCCUCCUGUUCAAUAUCUUGCCGGUUCGGGAGAUUCUGCGGGAGAGCUGUCUACCAUUUCCUCUCAAACCUCAAAAGUUCCUUCACCCAGCAAUCAGCGCGUGCAGACUGUCAAGACCUACUCCUCCAUCCCGCAUGUUCCACCCUCACAACCGUCGGGCUACAACUCCUGGCACGGUGAGUUGAGGGUGGCAAGGGGCGGGCAAGGCUCGCAGCAGGUUUACGCUAGGAACGUUCAAGGUUGGAAGAGUCACGCAGACGCUGCAGUGCUGGCAACCAACAACUUUCAAGUCGCCUACCCGCUCGGAGCACCGAUGGUGCACUAUCAGCAACAAUAUGUGUCUGUGCCAGUCCAGGUCCCAUAUCAACAGCAACGUUCUAUGCGAGUAUCGGCAAGAGACAAGACAACGAUGUGGCUGAGGGUGAUGAACUCCGGGUAUGUGGAAUGA